UCCACCCCACCUGAUCCGUAGGGACUGCAGAUAAGAGCAGCGGGCGCCUCUGCGAUCCCAGCACUCCGGCCUGCAGGGGAUGGAGAACUUCUCCUCUUCCCCUUCUCCCUUUUCCGCCAGCUCUGCUGCCGAGCUGCCUGGGAACGGCACCGUCCACGACCACGACUCGGGGCUGCAGAGGAGCAUGCACGUCCUCUCCAUGGUGGUGUACAGCGUCGCCUGCCUGCUGGGCGUCACRGGCAACGGCCUCGUCAUCUGGAUCGCCGGCUUCAAGAUGAAGAAGACUGUCAACUCCGUGUGGUUCCUCAACCUGGCCAUCGCCGACUUCAUCUUCACCUUUUUCCUGCCCCUCAGCAUCGCCUACACCGCCCUGGGCUUUCACUGGCCCUUCGGGAAGCUCCUGUGCAAGCUCAACAGCACCAUGGCCUUCCUCAACAUGUUCGCCAGCGUCUUCCUCCUCACCGUCAUCAGCAUGGAUCGCUGCGUCGCCGUGGCCUUUCCCGUGUGGUCUCGCAACCGCAGGAGCCCGGAGCUGGCGGCCAGGGUGGCGCUGGGCACCUGGGUGCUGGCUCUCCUCCUCAGCUCCCCGUACCUCGUGUUUCGGGACACCGCCGUCGGCUCCAGGAAYGUCACCAGCUGCUACAACAACUUCGCGCUGUCCGACGACUACACGUCCGAGGCCACGCGGAGGCUGUGGAGGAUGCGGCUUAAGGCSAUGAUUAUAACGCGGUUCUUAUGCGGGUUCCUCGUCCCGUUCACGGUGAUCCUCAUCUGCUACAGCAUCGUCGCUGUCAAGCUGAAAAGGAGGCACUUAGCCAGCUCGGCAAAGCCGUACAGAAUUAUCAUUGCUGUCACCGUCUCCUUUUUCCUCUGUUAUUUCCCCUACCAUGUCUUCUCCUUGCUGGAAAUAUCCAAAAACUCCUCCAGCCACGAGAUGAAAAUGGCCCUUUACAUAGGGAUCCCCUUGGUUUCCAGCCUCGCUUUCUUCAACAGCUGCAUCAACCCCAUCCUGUACGUGUUCGUGGGGCCGGAUUUCAAGGAGAAGUUCCGCCAGUCCCUCCCGGCAGCCUUCGAAGGGGCCUUCAGCGAGGAGUCCGUCCUGGCCAGCCUGGCCAGCCGGCGCAAAUCCAGGUCCGCUUCGGAUGCGGAGGCCUCGAGGGCCUGA